AUGGUCCGGAGAAAAGAUGUGGAUGACAAUAUCAACUUUGCUUGGAACUCCACUCCAAGAAUUAUGCCAACUUGUUUGAUGGAUAGUGUGGAAGACAUUGAACUCCAUGGCUUCAGCAGAAGAGAAGUUGAUAUGAUGCUUGCUUAUAUUAAGCAUGUUGUAGGAGAAGUCCGCUUCAAUGCUCUCUCAAAGAGGAUUCAUUCAUUUUAA